AUGUUUUUUUUUCAGUAUCUAGGUAAAAAAGGAAAGGUUAAAGAAAUUGAUUCUGACGGAGAUGUGAAAAUUAAAUUUAAGACUGGCAGUUAUACCUAUAACCCAAAUGUUGUUGCAAAGGUACUAUCAAAAGGAGAUAUUGUACAAAUAUCAAGUGAUAUUGAAAAGGCAAAAUUUUUACAGAAUAAACAUGGAGGAUGGAAUUCAAGAAUGGAGUCGAUUUUGGGGAAAACUGCUCAAGUGCAACAUGUUUUUAAAACUUAUGAUGUUUGCAUAAGAAUUAGUGGUGAAACCUGGUGCCUCAAUCCUCUGCUGUGUACUGUUGUAGGAAAAUCUUCAAGCAGUUCAAGUUCUGAUGACGAUGACUCAGACGAUGAUAUGUUUUCACAAAUGUUCAUUAGAGCUGCCAAAGAGACCAUGAGCCAGAUUUUUGAUAUAGGAACAACUGACAUAGAAAAAUUGUUAUCUGUGAAAUCUACUCUCAAAUGGACAGAAUUACACUUGAGCAUUCUUAAAAAUGAUGAGAAACUGACAAAAGAACUGUUAGAAAAAGGUGCCGAUAUCAAUGAAACUGAUGAAUAUGGUAAUACUGCCCUGCACAUUGCAGUAAUAAAAAAUAUCCCUAAAAUGGUACGACUUCUGAUAGAAAAGGGUGCAAAAGCAGACAUAUUGAAUAAAAAGAACCAUGCACCAAUUCACAUAGCUGUUAUGGAGGGUUCAAAGCAAUGUGUAAAAGAAUUACUGGACAGCAGCAUCAACAUAAAGGUUUGUAUUAAAAGACAAUAA